AUGAAGGAAAGGCGACUGGGCCCAAAGAAAGCGGACUUAGUUAAAGAGGAAAGCUUAUUGAGGAAGGCGAAGGAGGAGGUGGAUGCUGCAGAUCUGGUCGACGAUGGGAAGAUAUGCGUGAUUCAAAAUCGGAUAUGGGCCAGAGAAAGUUUGGAGAGACAGGAGAGGGAGAGGGCGGAGAGACAGAGAAUGGCUAAGAUUUUGAAACAGCAGCAGGAGCAGCGUGAGAGGGCGGAGAGAGAGAGAAUGACUAAGAUUUUGAAACAGCAGCAGGAGCAGCGGGAGAAACAGGAGCGGGAAGCGGCAGAGGCGUUGAAACAACAAGAGGAAUAUGAAAAGAAGUGGAAAGAGAUGAUCGACAAAGCCGAGAAAACCCGGAGACAAUACGCACGAGUCAAUCGCUCCGGACUCCCACUUACAGGCGAGGGAAGCACUCGCCAGGCUUCUACAUCAUCCUGCGUGCACAACGGCUGGUGGUCAAAAGUACAGGGUCGUACAGCAUGCCCAAGGUGUGAUGAGGUUUGGACUUAUCUGCUGCAGUGCCCGGGCUGUAGGAUGAAGGCGUGCCCGAAAUGUCAAGCUGUGGUACGGCCGAGGAUACAGCGCCAUGCGGGGAGGACGCAUCAAACAGCCUCUCCAAAGGUGAGGACCCCAAGUCAGGAUUUCUUUUACGACGAUUACUACUAG